CCGCCGCGUUGUUAGGAUUGUUCUGUGGCGGCGUUCGUCCCGGUUCUUAUAUCUCAAAGGGUCGCUCGUUAUUGUUGAUAAUUGUAUCGAUUGCAAUUGCAACUGCGCGGGGAGGACGCGGCGUAAGUCGCCAUGGAAAAGAAUAAACGAUCUUGGUUAAUUAAUUAAAAGAAUAAAUCGUUUCUCCUGGGGAUGAUAGUGAUUUUUUGUCCGGUGAAUAUUCUUUGCAUCGACUCGUCACAGUAUCGCGUCUAUUUCUACGCGAUUUAAUCAGUAUGAUCGGCAUGCGGAUUAUACGCGUGUUCGACACCUUAAUAAGAUACUUUAAUGCCAAGUGAGCAUCGGUUAUUGAUUUGCCAUUGGGAUUUAAGUGCUCUGAAUGACAUUGACAUUAAACAGCUAUCGAAAUGACUGUUCCCGUUUAACUUUCGUUUGCCUAGAGAAUUUCUGCCGCGUGAAGUUUGGCUCUGGGUGUUUCAACGUGCCGAAGUGAUACCUAACAUUAACAAGUGAUUAUUUCUUUAUAAACGUAUUGAAAAUUAUGAAUUGAGGAAUCGUCAAUUUUCAUACUAAUAUGCCUAUUGCAUUGUAACAGUUUUUCAUAAUACUCUGCAAUGUAUUGGUAUUGUGCUGAAGCUAUUGGAUGAAAACCCUGUGAAUCGUGUGCUAUAUUGAAUUACUUAAAAAGUAAAUGCUCUUGCCUCGUAACGUUUCCGGCGUUGCAAUUUCAUUCCGACGUACAAGAAUCAAAAAUAGAGAUCGAUCGAGAAAAAUUGUAAUGUGAAAAAUCAAUAUUUUCAUUUUAAUGCGACCUUCGACCGAAUUAAAUAUCAGAACUAAAAUCCGUAUUUAAAUACGAAUUGGUCGGGUAUGUUUCAUUAUACAAAGUGAUCCAACGUACAGUGCUCAUAUAAUGUUUGUGUUUUGGUGAUAUUCCUGAAGUUUAAAAAUUUGGAAGUGCUUUGGAUAAUACUAAAAAUGCAUUGGACGAGGAUGACGUGCUUGUUCCUGCUGGCUGUUAUGGCGAUAGCAGUAAAAGCACAAUACAGAUCUCCACGCAUAACGGAGCACCCAUCGGACAUAAUCGUCGCGAAAAAUGAGCCAGUGACGCUCAACUGUAAAGCUGAGGGUAAGCCUGAUCCAAGUAUAGAGUGGUACAAGGAUGGCGAACCUGUUCAGACGUCGCCCGGGGAUGCAAAGUCGCACAGGGUUUUACUUCCUACGGGAUCCUUAUUCUUCCUGAGGGUGAUGCACGGCAAGAAGGAACAGGACGGUGGCGUGUACUGGUGUGUUGCCAAGAAUGUCGCCGGAAGUGUCAACAGCAGGAACGCCACUCUCACCGUUGCAGUGCUGCGCGACGAGUUCCGGGCGGAGCCGCAGAAUACGAGAGUCGCUGCCGGCGAGACGGCUUUGUUGGAGUGCGGACCGCCGCGAGGACAUCCGGAACCGACGUUGCAAUGGAAGAAGAACGGUCAUCCUAUUGACUUGGAAGCUACCAAACGGAUCACUCUCGUGGAUGGGGGUAACCUAAUGAUCUCUGACGUAAGGCAAACCGAUCAGGGCAGAUACCAAUGUGUAGCACAAAAUAUGGUUGGCACACGGGUAUCCGCAGUGGCAACGUUAAUGGUUCAUGUGAAACCGUACUUUAUGGCGACUCCAACAAACCAAACCAUACUGACGGACCAAACUGCCGAGUUCGCUUGUCGCGUCGGAGGCGAUCCGUCACCGGAAAUUCUCUGGCGUCGAAACGACGGAAAGAUGCCAAUUGGCAAAGCUCACAUCCUGGAUGACAAGAGUUUGCGGAUCGAGAGGGUAACGGCCCAGGACCAAGGCACUUACAUCUGUGAUGCUGAAAACAGCGUCGGUGCGAUUUCAGCCAGCGCAACGCUGACGGUGCAUUCUCGCCCUGUCUUCACACAUUUCCCCAAGGACGAGGUGGUCAGCACCGGAUCAGACGUAUCAUUCGCAUGUGCCGCACGCGGUGCACCCAAACCGUCAAUUUUCUGGACUCGCGAAGGGUCCCAGGAACUUAUGUUUCCGGGUAAUGUAUACCAGGGUCGUUAUACGGUCGCCGAGGACGGAAGUCUGCAAAUCAAGGAAGCCAUCAGGAAGGAUGAGGGCCACUACGUGUGCAGCGCCAUCAGUCAAGCCGGAGCAAGUACCGCAACCGUCUUCCUGCAGGUUACAUCAGUCGAAGAGGUGCCUCCGCCGAUUAUCGAAUUAGGACCAGCCAAUCAGACUAUUCCACUGAAGAGUAUUGCUUCUCUACCCUGUAGAGCCGUGGGGACGCCUACGCCUAAAGUUCAUUGGCACAAGGAUGGGGUUCUUAUACAGCUGGGUACUCGUAUCACUAUGGCUAGCAACGGAACCUUAUUUAUUAAUGAUCUUCAGAGUAGUGACUCUGGACUUUAUACCUGUAUCGCGUCUUCGGAGUCUGGUAACACCUCGUGGUCAGCUACGUUAACUGUCAGCUCCACGACUUCCUUCCAUCGUACUCCUGACAUGUCGGCUUUACCUCAGAAUCCGAGUAAACCUAGAAUCGUCAAUACGACUAGUAACUCUGUCACACUUACUUGGAGUCCUGGACACGAGGGACAGAGUAAAAUUAUUGGAUAUAAUAUAGAAUACUUUAGUAGCAACCUUAAUACCGGAUGGGUCAUUGCUGCUACUGGUAUCACUGAUGAUACUUAUACAGUAACUGAUCUAAAACCGGAUACGAAUUAUGUUUUCUUGGUAAGAGCUGAAAAUAGUCAUGGAUUGUCACUACCUGGUCCACUAUCGGACAGUGCACAUACUACUAGCGUUAAUCAACAUUCGGUACCGCAAAUCGAAUUGAUACGUGCAAGGGAUCGUCUUAAUAGCGAAAUAUUACACUUGAAAGAGGUUCAACCAUUGAGUAGUACCAGUGUCAAGAUCAUAUGGGAUAUACUUGGUGCCGCGGAUUUAGUGGAGGGCCUUUAUAUCCGGUACCGAGAGCUUUCCGAUAAACCAGAGUACCAGAUGGUUACUGUAUUAAAUGCUGGAGCCACCAGUUACGUCCUCACGAAUCUGAAGAAAUACACGCGUUACGAAUUCUUUCUUGUACCGUUUUACAAAACCAUUGAAGGAAGACCAAGUAACGUUAAACUAGCAGUAACAUUGGAGGAUAUACCAUCCGGAGCACCGGAGAAUGUGCACGUAGGAAUGAUCAAUAUGACAUCUGCAUUCGUUAGAUGGGCUCCACCACCUAAGCACGAGCAGAAUGGACAGCUUAUGGGAUACAAGAUUCAGAUCAAGAGUAACAGCAGUAACAAGAUUCUUGGACAAAUGUCAUUAAAUGCAUCGACUACUUCAAUUAUCAUAAACAGUCUAACUACUGGUGGACUGUACACGGCACGUGUAGCUGGUUUAACACGCGCUGGUUUGGGACCAUUUUCUAUGCCCACGCUUUUAAACAUGGACCCGGGCCAAUUGACGCAACUGCCACCACGAACAGACCCAAGUCAUGGAGGAGUAUCAGUCAUGAGAGAAACGUGGUUUCUGAUUCUCAUGAUUACCAUGGUUUUCACAGUGGUUGCUGCACUGUUAGGUGCUCUAUAUGUCAGACGACGGCAAGCUAUGAGCAAACAGCUAGGGCAUUUGAACGUGCCAGUAGGCACAGCCAAUGACAUCUGUCAGUUAAACAAAGAUACCUUGUGGUUAGAACGUGGAUGGAGACCAACUAAUACGCUUCAGAGUUCUAAUGAUAAGGAUUGCGAAACGAAACUGCUAAACAAUCAGCAAAUGCUAGCACCGGGAAUAGUUAGCAUGGCUGGUUCAGAGUAUGCAGAAGUGAACUUGACCACAUUCUAUAAUGCUAGAAAACAAUUACAAGCUCCUCCAGAACCGUACGCCACGACCACCCUAUGUGUAGGAAACAGAAGUCCUGAUUCCAUGGAAACCAGUGGUCAGAAGUCAAAUUCCAGUGAUUCCUGUGUUAAACCGGACUACUCUAGCUUAGACUCCAAUCAAGAACAUAACAAGUCUACCAUGUCUCCAAGUAGCGACAAUGCAAGUAGCGUUUAUACAGAUGAAAAUAUGGAAAUUCAGAGAAGACCGCAAUACAGAAUCCCGCCGAAUGAAAGUCAGGCGGGUAUGCCAAACUGGUGCGAUAUGCUACCUCCACCCCCGGAACAUCCACCGCCGCCAGGAACAUCCUUAGCAGCCAGAAUGCAACAGCCUACCGCAACGUUUAGUCCGCAUCUGGGCAAAAGAAACGUGCAAAAUGAUUUGGAUGGUUCCACGUCGGCCAAUUCUCAAAGUCCUCCUACUCCUCCAGUACGUGUUGGCAAUAGCUUUUCGUCGUCUCCUACACCCUGGAGUACGCAGAGUCAGCUAGAAGGAAAUCAUGGAAAUCUUCCGCAAGGAAGAUACACCACCCUGCCGCCACAGACCAAUCCACCACCGGUACCAUCAUUCCCUCAAGGAUUCAAUCAUUACGAUUAUAAGACUCAAGAAAAUGAAUACGAGAGUGGUUCUGUUAUAUAUGGCCACCAAAAUGGACACUCAGAAGAUUAUAGGAAUCACGACAGCUUUAAUCGUGCCAAUCAUCCAAAUUCCCACUUGGAUCACACCAGUCUGAAUGACGAGGUUUAUCGUCACAAUGAAGAAAUGUUUCGGAACGAUAAUCUAUAUCAGCCUGAGAAUGACGAAUGGGAUAGAAAAUCCUGCGACUCCAAUACCCAUUCAGAUAUGUGCUGCUCCUGUUCCGAAUCCAGCUGUCUUUAUGCAGAUACCAUGGAGUAUAACAAUCAAUUUGCUCCUGGUUGCGCCCACAACAGGGGUGGUUCGAGAAACCGGAAUAAUAGGAGUCCCCGAAGAAGGAAUAACAGAGCAUCCUCGCCGACAUACAGCAGCGAUAGCAAUUAUUCUUGCAUUCCCCAGAGGCAAUGUGGCCCCGUUAAUUCGCAGGAAAGACAUAGGCACAAUCGUAGCAAAGACAAAGUGCCUAGUUUUCCAAGGACUGGUGGCUAUCCUCAACAUAACUCAUCCGCAUCCAAUACGAUGAGUAGCUCAGGAAGUCAGAGAUACAAUAAGCUGAACAGCGUUUUCCUAGGUGGGACUAAUUCAAACCCUCCAUCAGAAUCAAGUCGACUCAGCGACCAUCGCGAGAGCUAAAUUAAUCCUCAUGUACGCCGAUGAAAAGCUGGAAAUCCGAAAGUCUUCGAUACAACGAAUCUAAGACGUCUUUGAAAACAUCUCAUCGUGGGGAAAUACAUAGAUAAAAUAAUAAAGCCAGUUUGUCUUGUGUAAACAUGCGGUAAAGACAUCUCGUGUCUAUUACAGUGGCUUGCCAUCUUGUCGGAUCUAUUCACACAUAGAUACUAUCCGAGUUAAGUUUUGAUCUGAAGUAGUUGACGUAUUCCUUAAUGAAUACAAUACCGUUUAGAGAUACGGCCAUUUUUUUUGACAAAUUUCACAUUUUACAAAAGAACUUAAAAUCUUGAAUUGAAUAUUUCCGUAUCAACUGCGUGUUAAUUUGGAAAGUCCGAUACUAUCACGUUUCUCUCAUUUUUUUUGCAGUUUUUUAAAAAUUAACUAGGUGACGAGGACUUUCACAGAAACGCAAAGAAUUUCAAAAUUGCAUUUCUGUUUGAGAGUGACGGCCUUUCAUUAGACUGAUUCAGAUCUAAUUCGUACGUUUAUCGAUUUUCUCGCAGUCGUUAACAUGAGCGUGCGUCCUAAUGAUAUCCCAAUGUUGAAUAUUAUAUAUAACGAGAUAUAAAAAGUGAUGCCAAUAUUCGAGCAAUACUUGGACAUAUACGAAAUCCUACGUGAGACAUUCGGGCUUUUCGUUGUCUCAACAUUUUCUUCGUUAAUGCCAUUUUUUUAGCCAUUAUAAAUAAGAUUCCAAUAAUCACACGUUACUUCUGAGAUUAGAAUAUCUUGACACGUUUCAAGGUAAUUUUUUAAUUUCACGUAAGCUCCUAAUAUUUGUCGCAAUUUAUUAUAUUUUAACGUUUACAAACAGCAGUUAACCUAAACGGAAAAAUUUGAUAACGAAACAAAAAUUAUAAGAACGAUCCAGAAAGGUGGCAUUUAUUUUCAAAAGCCUGUACAUUCUCCAUUGCCACGAGAAAUAACAGAUAUUAUUUUCGAUAUAACGUUCCUAAGAUCGUAAGGGAAACUAAAAGUAAUUGUAUUAAGGACGAAGUAAUCGACGUAUAUCUCUUCCAAAACGAAUACUUAUGAUAUAAUAUAUUAUAAAAACAAUAAAGUAACAAUGACAGCGUAAGGUUUAUAAUCAUAUCAGAUGGUUUUUGUAUACAUUGUACAAAGUUAAUUAACGAGUUUAGUCAUUAGUUUUUAAUUUACACAUCAUUAAUUAAUAUAUACGGAUUUAGAUAGUAAGGGAACAUUUAGGCAUCUUAUGUAAUCAGUACUGUGUAUAAGUAUGUCCUGACAGAUAAGUGAGAAUGUGAAUAACGGCGUUAAACACUAUACGAUGUUAACAAUACCCUUUCGUAAGAUGCAUUUAAGUUUAGCGAUUUUCUAAACGCACUUAAUAUUGCUAAUGACAAGUGUACAAGAACACGUGGCUCCUGAUUCCAUAGGUCUGGGUACUUGUACCUUCCUAUCCAUAAAAAAAAGUACAGUCACAUUUUCAAAUUAUUAAAGCCACGUCACCUCGGACGAUUCUUUAGAAAAUCUCACGAGGGUACGCGACAAUAUCAGAAAUUAUUGUUUCGUUACAUUAUUUAAGUCCGAACUUCGUUACGUUUCCAUACACUACAUUUUUGCUUUACUUAAGUAUACUAUUAAGUUUUUUUCUUUAAGUCUCUCGAAUUAAUGGUAAAUAAGUACGAGCUGUACUCUAAGCUUGUGAUAUUUUGCCUAUUGGAAAACGUGCUUUCACCGAUACGUGUAAUUCUUCUUACACUUAACGAUGGAAUUAGGGUGACUAUUAUGAUACUAUGUACACCAUUGAGAUAUAUAUUAGCGCAAAAUCGAGUUUGCUCAAUUUAUAUCUCACUGGUUAUCUUCUGUGAAUACAGUUUAAUUUAGACUUAAAGUUAGUCAGUUGCAUCCAGUGUGGUUUCGUAUUAUAUGAUAAACUUUUGUGGAUAACGAAAGAAGUAAAAAAAAAACCCGUUAGAUAAGAGAUAGAUAACUUUGAAGCUAUGUAAUCGCUCAAAUUCAGUGUAAUCAUUAAUUAAUGUAUUAGGUAAAAACUAACUGCCCGGUAGACGUAUUGUAAAUCUCGUCUAGAUCGUGUCGAGUAAUUAGUACAUGGCAAGUCUACAGAUAUAAUAGAAUGAUAUGUUUUUGUAUCUUGUCUUCAUUAGUUAUUCCUGAAACACUGCCAAUCACGAGUUAAAAAUUGCAGCAUUAUAUUACACGCAGUUAGGUCAGCGAAUGUAACACAAAAGUCUAGUAUUAUUAAAACUACGAGAAUUUCAUUUUAUUUACAGUCGUUUCAAUUGGUCGGGUAUCAUUCAAAAUCUACAGAAAUAUUCUCUAUAAAUGUUGACAGUGGAAUUUAAGAUAUUCGAUUAUGCUAAUGAUCCAAGUAAAUAGUAAUGAGUAAAUGUUCGUAAAAGUCCAUCCAAGCAGACAAGAAGUAAGAAUUAGACAAAGUUUCUUUCAGCAUGUUUAGAAUUAGGGGAGCUGAAAAGGUUUGAGACUACUUGGAGAAUAAAAAGAAACCGAGAAUGUUUAAUGUCUCUAAACCGUAAUGACUAGCUAGGACAUGUACUUUAAGUAUCUGCCGAUUCGACGUUACAUUGGUUUUACGUAAAAGGUACACAACAAACAAUUAUCCAGUCUAAUGAAAGUUCGUUAUUACACAGUGAAAAAAUUAAUUGCACAAAAAUAGCAGCACGAUAAACAACUGCCGCUCUUUCACGAUUCGCACCAAUCACACGAUGACCUUUUACGAAAAAUCAGCUAAUAAUUGAACAUAAAAUGGUCUACAGCCCUCAAGAGGAACAACGGGCUAGAAUGCACUUGUUCCGGAGGCUGUGGGGGGUAGCUACGACCCUUAAACUAGAUCAAGAAAGAAUCUGUAAUCCAAAAAGGAACAUGGCUACCGCGAAAUCGGUCGUAGAACCAUCGGGUCAACGUGACAGAGUAAACAUAACGUAUUAUUUUUAUAAUUUGCCAUCUCGAUACAGUUGGUACGAUGGUUCGAUGACAUUUGUAAAAUAAAAAAGUGAAGGAUGUAAUUUAACAAGCGGAGUUAAAUUUUGCGAAAACGAGCCUUGCGGAGUAGACACGUAAACUCGCACACGACGGGUUAGCGAUUAUGGCCGACCGAACUAACCUUAACGCGAAAUACUGUAAUCCGUAAUAUGUAGGUUUAUUCAGCCAAACUUUGCCGUCACUUUCAAGGGUCCUGAAGACUUCGCGUGAUCCCUGCCAACUACGUUAUCGUUAAAGGAUUGUGAACUUUUUGCCAAAAAGAACCUUGUCCUUUAGGAAGGGCAUCAAUACGACAAGAUUAUAUAUGUAUAGAUUAGUAACGAGCCGUGACGUCGGCGACGAAACACACACGGAGUAGCGCGAAGUUUUCGUGGAUUUUUGAAAACCUAUGGUUAAAAAUGAAGCUUGGCUACUAGAGAGCUAGGGCCGCGUAAAGAUAACCCAUAUCAUUAAGAAUCCACGACAGAUAUUUGCGUGAAAAUUUUUGUCAAACCGACCACGGUGGGAAAAUGAUUUUUUUUUCUUUCUCUCCCUGAAGCGAAACUGCGUUCGGUAUCAUUUUUGGAACUAGCUCGCAAGUAUAAUCAAAGGCUGAUGAUGAGUGUUUAAUUCUGACACGAUUUUUUUUCCCUUACAUUUUGUAAAUAUUAUGGAAAAUAAAAUGAAACUUGGAUGUUU